AUGAAGAUUCGUGAGGUCAACUUCAAUGCAACGGCCCUGCGUGGGAAGGCCGAACCUCCCAUGGCGACGUACAUCAGCCCGCCACGGCCAAAUAAGCAAAAAUUGCUGCCACAGCCACAGUUGCAGCGGCAAUCAUGUGUCGCACCCACGUCAUCGCCUUCGCAGUCCUACUACGCUGAGGCCGAGACGGAGGUGUACGCUUCGUCCUUGCUCUCGUCGUACGCCGCCGCGACGGACCCCACGCGUAUGAUGGACCUGGAUGAGGGGAGCUACGCACAGUGCCCCUGUGCAACCUGCGCGCAGUACCGCGCCUACUACGCGAUGAAGAUGUCGGAAAGUUCGGAACUGCGACCUGAGACUUUGCAUGCGGCGCCCGCAACAUGCAUCCCAACUAUUUACGACCAGCAGCAAUCACUGCCACAAACGCAGCAGCAGCAGCAGCAGCCGUCCAUGAUGACCACAAUGCAGCGUCAGGACGUGCCGCCUGUGCUAACCAUAGGGGUGCAGCGGCCGAAGGUGCAGGUUGCAUCCCAUGCCAGCGUCUUCAACCAACCACCGCCACCGCCACCACCACAGCUACAGCUACCACAACAGCAGCAGCACGCAAAACUGUGUGUGACACCGACGGUUUCUGCGUCCAUGGCACAUGAUACGUUGCUCCCGCUUGACACUGCCGAAGAGUUUGAGCGGAAGUGUGUGGGCCGCGUGGUGGAGUUGGCCUGCACUGCCGAGGGCCGCUCCAUGCUGUUGGCCGCCGUGCGCUCGCAGGAUGCGAUGGUAAUCGAUACAAUGGUGAACGAGAUUGUCGCGGAUGUGGAGACAGUGGCGCUUGACAAUCAUGGUUGCCACAUUUUGCGUGUGCUGAAGGACUACAUGAAUGCCGAGCAAACGGCUUUGCUGGUAUCUUCGUUCAGCGAGACGUUGGUGCUCAACCUGUGCACCGUGUCGCAGUAUACGCGACGCAUUCUGCAGUCCCUCUUUGAACACCCCCUGAUUGAUCUCCAGCCCAUUGUAAACGUCUUGGCGUCCAACGUCCAGUACCUGGCGGCGACGCAGCAGGGAUGCAUCUCGCUCAUGCGGGUAUUUGAGCUCUGCAGCGCGGAGCAGAAGAUGCAGCUGAUGGCUCCCUUGGUGCCCCUCUUCACCCACAUUGCGUUGGAUCCCUUUGGCAACUACGUUGUGCAGUGUGCCAUUGAACACAGUGGGAAGACGGUGGCCGCGCAGUACACGAUGUCCUGCUUUGCCGGCAAGCUCCUGAACAUGAGCUGUAACAAAUAUGCGAGCAACGCCGUGGAGAAGAUCAUUAAAGUCUGCGGCGAUGUGCCCGCGGUGCGGCGGCUGCUGAUGGACGAGUUGAUCUUCAACCCUGCUGCUCUGCUGCAGAUGGUGCAGGACAGCUUUGGCAACUUUGUCGUGCAGUCCAUCAUUGAACACACGCAGAACCCCACCGAGCUGAAACGCAUUUGCGACCGCCUGCGCCCCGCACUGCUGAGCAGCCCUUACGCGUCGAAGAUCGAGGCGAAAAUUCGCACGAAGGUCUCUACAGUUCAGCUGCAGCAACAACCACACCGGCAUCAGGCCCCACGCCAGGGCCAAACGCGUCGGUCGCACCAGCAGCAACGCUGA